UCCAGAGGGCAGGGCAGAGUCUGCUGGGAUUGCUUUUUGUAAGCUUUCACUUUCAAAUGGUACAGGAGUCAGAGAAGGGUGGAUUCUCCUGUUAGGGAGUGCUUAGUGGGGGCCCCGGACCCUGUUUUGGCUCAGACUCCUGUAACCUGUUCAAGUUCUGCUUCCCACUCAUCUGGGAACCACCUGCCUCUCAGGGAAGAAGACCCUAUGGCACCCAACGUUGAAAUUGGAAGCAGGGUUUGGGGCUCAGAGCAGCUAACUGCAAGUGCAAUCUCUGAGAGCAGAUUUGGGGUCUGCUGAGAUCUCACACUACUGAGUUAGAGACAUUCCAGAAGUCUCAGCUUUCUAAGCAGCCCUGAGCCCUUCUGUCUGUUCUGAGGCCCAGAGCUGUGGGCUGGCCCUCCUCAUCUCUGUAGGUGUUCUCCUGCCUCCUGCCCUGUGUCUCCCCAGCCCUGAGGAAAUGGAGGAUUGCCGCAGAGGCUCUUUGCUCUCCCGUCUCACCUCCCUGCUUCUCUUCUUCCAGUUGCCUGCUGGGGGGUCUGCAGAGGAGUUUGUGGUGCUUGGCCCCUCGGACCCCAUUGUGGCAGUGCUGGGUGGGAACGUCACGCUGCCCUGUCAUGUGUCCCCAGCCAUGGAUGUGGAAAACAUGGAGCUGCGGUGGUUCCGCUCCAAGUUCUCAGAAGCAGUGUUCAUCUAUGAAAACCAGCAGGAACAGAAAGAAGAGCAGCUGGCUCAGUACACAGGGCGGACCUCGCUGGUGAAGGACUUCCUCAGCCAGGGGGAGGCCACUGUGCAUAUCCACAAGGUCCAGGCUUCCGACAACGGGCUGUAUACCUGCUUCUUCAGAAAGGGAAGUUUCUAUGAAGAGGCCAGUUUGGAGCUGAAGGUGGCAGGGACCACUCCCCAGGGAGCCCUGGAAUGCAAUGCUACACCAGAGUUGUGCAGAGGAAGGCUCUGCUGGCAUCCCUGGAUUCUGGAAGGCCUCCUUGUGCUCUCCAGCUUCUCUCUCACAGGUGUGGGCUCUGUCCCUCAAGUGCACAUCACAGGGCCAGAGGAGGACGGGGUCCGAGUGGUGUGCACGGCCUCGGGAUGGUUCCCAAAGCCCCAGAUACAGUGGAGAGCUGCUAAUGGGGAAAAGUUCCUGACAUUCUCUGAGACCCAUGCCCAAGACACUGAAGGGCUGUUCAGCGUGGAGUCUGCUCUGGUGGUGAGGGACAGCUCUUCAGGGAACAUGACCUGCUCAGUCCUCAACCCCGUCCUGGACCAGAAGAAGGCGAUGGCCAUUUUCAUCCCAGAGCCCUUCUUCCCCCAGGCCUCUCCCUGGAAGCCAGCUUUCAUAGUGAGCCUCGUGGUGCUGAUGCUCUCACUCCUUGGGGCUGCCUAUUACAUCAAGACAGAACAUACUGUAAAGAGGCAGGAGAUGCAGGAAUGGGAGAGACUGCACAGGGACAAGGAGGAGGCCCGGCGGACAAAGGAGGAGGCGUUGAAGGCCAGAGAUGAACUCCAAGAAGAUCUCGGCAGGAGGAAAUCCAUUUACCUGGGUGGCUGGAGGAAGGCGCAGUUGUAUGCAGACUGGCGGAAGGAGAAGUUCCAGGCCUUGUCUGUCACUCUGGAUCCAGCGUCUGCACAUCCGCACCUUGCUGUCUCUGGUGGACAGACUAGUGUGACCUUGGAGGACACAACUGAGGACCCAGGAGGACCCUGUAGCAUCUUGGGCCAGGAGGCCAUCAUAUCAGGGCGCUGUUACUGGGAGGUGGAGAUCAGGAAUGGAAACAGAAGCGAGUGGGGUCUGGGGGUCUGUAGGGGAGAUGUGGAGAGGAAAGAGUGGUACAGAGAGCACCCAGAAAGCGGGUUCUGGGUUCUGGGAUGGUACGUAGGUAAAUUCUGUGCCCUUCUCCUCCCUGAGCUUCAGGAAAUCCAUGAGGAAGUUCCCCACAGGGUGGGUGUUUUCUUAGACCUCAAAGAAGGGGAUGUCUCCUUCUAUAACAUGACUGAUGGAUCUCACCUUUUCUCCUUCCCUCUAACUUCCUCCACUGGGACUCUGUUUCCAUACUUCAUGAUUAAGUCAGGGGAUGUGUCCCUGACCAUCUGCUCUGUGGUGGGUGUGCCUGCAGAGACCCCUGUGCCCCUUAACAAUCCUCCUUCUUCUUUGGAGGAACCUGUAAGCCUCUCAGGGGAUGAGUUCAGCUCAGGCUGUGCUGUUGAUGGUGCUCUCCCAGGGGCCGGCUCUCCAUUACUCCCUUAUGGCCCUGAGGCUAUGUGACUAUAGGACCCCAGACUCCUUAUGGUGGCUCUUUCUGGAGCUUCACAUUCCUUGAGACAAAAGCCUCUGAGGGUAGUCCAGGAUGACUUGGUGUCUUGCACUCUUGCUUUGGAUGCAGUCUCCUGGGGUAUGGCUAUGAGAACAGUCAGUUCAUGCCUUAUGAUCAGGCAGCAGAAGAUAAUAGUUGACUGAGCUUGUUUGGGGUAGGCUGAAUUUAACUAUUGGAAGUAAUGCUUCUUUUGGUAAUGAAAAUUAUUUCAGUCUUUAUUCUGCUUGGAUAUGAAGGAGAUGAGGGCUGAAUGACUCUGCAGAAUUAAAUGGUGUAUAUUUUAUCCAACUUGAGUUGUGCAGAUGAACCCAGAGGCUAUGAGUAGGUCACCAGUUCUAUUUUGGGAAAUGUGCACUCUGACCAGAGACAUUGGCCAUCCAAAAAUUUCUGGAGAAAUGAAUGGCUGAUUUAAUGUUCAAGAGGAAAGCAGUCUAAUAUUCUACUGUAUAUACCUCCUAUUCUGAGAUGGUGGAAGCACACUUAUCUUACCAACCUUAGUAAAUAUCUGUUAUUCGUGAAAUACCAGUGCUGUGUUAAUUCAGGAAUUAAGAAGAAGGAUCUGGUUCUUCCUGUGUGUCAACUCCAGUUGGAAAGAAGAGAACAUCUACCAGAAUAAAGAUACGAAUGAGGAAGAGAAUUUUCAGAUGCUGGGUGAAUUUCAGAAAGCUUUGACUAUGAGCACGGUUUCCAGAAUCUGUGUAGUGCCUCUCAUUACUUCCAAGUCCAAAGGUGGAGUGCCUGAGUGGCUCAGUGGGUUAAACGUCCAACUUCAGCCCACGUCAUGAUCUCACAGUUCGUGGGUUCAAGCCACACAUCAGGCUCUGUGCUGACAGCUCAGAGCCUGGAGCCUGCUUCGGAUUUUGUGUCUCCCUCUCUCUUCCCCUCCUUGCUCACGCUCUGUCUCUUUCUCUCUCAAAUGUAAACAAACAUUAAAAAAAAUGAGGGAGGGGAAAGGACCUAAUAGAUAUUUUUCCAAAGAAGACAUACAGAUCACCAAUAGACACAUGAAAAGAUGCUUGACCUCACUCAUCAUCAGGGAAAUGCAAAUCAAAACCACAAUGAGAUAUUACUUGACCCCUGUCAGAAUGGCUAAAAUCAAAAAGACAAGAAAUAAGAAGUGUUGGUGAGGAUGUGGAGUAAGGGGAACCUUCUUGCACUGCUGGUGGGAAUGCAACCUGGUGCAGCCACUGUGGAAAACAGUAUAGAAUUUCCUCAAAAAAUUAAAAAUAGUAUUGCAAAAUAGUAAUAGUAAUAAAUGAAUGAUUGAUUAAUAUCACUAUUAGGUAUUUACACAAAGAAAAUGAAAACACUAAUUUGAAGUGAUGUAUGCAUCCCUAUGUUUGUUGUAGCAUUAUUUACAAAAGCCAGGUAUGGAAGCAACUUCAGAGUUCACUGAUUGAGGAAUGGAUAAGGAAAAGUUGGUUUAUAUACAUCAUCGAAUAUUACCCAGACAUAAAAAAGGAUGAAAUUGUGCUAUUUGUGACAAUAUGAAUGGACCUAGAGGGUAUUAUGCUAAGUGAAAUAAGUCAGACUGAGAAAGACAAAUGCCAUAUGAGUUAACUCCUAUGUGGAAUCUAAAAAAAAAACAAAAAAGGAAGAAAUGAAUAAACAAGCGAGCAAAAAAGCAGAGAAUCAGACCUGUAAACACAGAGCACAACUAGCAUAAUGUUUAAACUUGUUGAGUCACUAGGUUGUACAUCUGAAACUCAUGUAACAUAGUGUGUCUACUAUACUCAAAUAAAAAAAUUAAUGAAAAAUUAAAAUAACAUAA